AUGGCGGGCUGCUGGUGCUGGGUCGCCGCCUCGGUGUGGGCACUGGCCGCUGCGGUCGCCGGCCUCGUGCACCCGGAAUGCGACUUUCUCGCCGAGCUGCAAAGGGGCGAGCGUGCGUGUCUGGAGGCUCCCGGGGAGCUGGAGAACGGCAGCGUCGGCUGUCCGACGGCGUGGGACCGUCUGCUGUGCUGGCCAGCCGCGAGGCCCGGGGACACGGUGACCUUGUGGUGUCCGGAUUUCUUCCUCCACUUCAGCGCGGAGCUGGGAUCGGUGGGAAGGAAUUGUACGGAGAGGGGCUGGGCUGACCCCUCCCCGCCCUACGCUAUUGCCUGCCCCGUGGACCUGGAGGCCCCCGUUGGAGAUCGGACUUAUUUCUCCACGGUCAAGACCAUCUACACAGUGGGAUACAGUGUGUCCGUCACCUCUCUCGCCGUCGCCAUCGUGGUCCUGGCGGCUUUUCGGAGGCUCCGCUGCCCCAGAAACUUCAUCCACAUCCAGCUGUUCCUCACUUUCAUCCUGAAAGCCGCUGCCAUCUUCUGCAAGGACGCCGUCCUCUUCCAACAGGAAGACGUGGACCACUGCAACUUCUCCACGGUGGGAUGCAAAGUGACCGUGACGCUGGGCCACUACUUCACGAUGACCAAUUUCACCUGGCUCCUGGCCGAGGCCCUGUACCUCAGCUGCCUCCUGGUGUCGUCUUUCCCCAACGGCCCACGGCGCUAUCUGUGGCGGCUGGGCCUCUUCGGCUGGGGAUUUCCAACGGUUUUCGUUGCCGCGUGGGUGAUCUCCAAGCUGUACCUGGAGGAUACUGAGUGUUGGGAAGUGAACGACAACUCUACGUCGUGGUGGAUCAUCAAGGGACCCAUUGUCUUCUCGGUGGGGGUGAAUUUCCUCCUUUUCCUAAACAUCGUCCGGAUCCUCCUGAAAAAACUGGACCCGCGACAAAGCAACUUCAACAACUCCAAGCAUUACAGGCGCCUGUCCCGUUCCACGCUGCUCCUCAUCCCCCUCUUCGGGACUCACUACAUCGUCUUCAACUUCCUCCCGGACUGGGCCGGACUGGGCCCGCGGCUCUACCUGGAGUUGUGUGCUGGUUCCUUCCAGGGUUUCAUCGUGGCAGUGCUGUACUGUUUCCUGAACCAAGAGGUGCAAGCGGAACUCGACCGCCUCUGGAGAGGGCACAACUAUGGGCUGAUGCCGGUGCAGAGGGUCCGGUUCCGGUGGAACUGGCCACCCAGUUCGGGAGCUAAGAGGACCACAUCAGUGUGCUAGCAGGCCAUCCCUGCUGCCCUCUCCUGCUGGAGACAUCUGCCAACACCAUCUCCCUGGACAGAGGAGAGAGUCCACACUCCCCUCCUCUCCCCCCGCCCCCCUUUUCCUCCUCAUCUUUCAGCAGUGAGCACCCUCCUGGACCCAGGGCAGACUGGGAGGCCAGGCUCAAGUCCCAGCCCUGGCCCGCUGUGUGGCCUUGGGCAAGUCAUUCUACCUCCCUGGGUCUCCAUUUCCUUCUCUGUACAAUGGAGAAUAAGGUGAACAUCUUCAUCCAGCUCCACAGAAAUAUUGUGAAGAUAAAAUAGCAUGUUGGUGUGAAAAUGGUUGGGAAAAUAAAAUGGUAGACAAAGUCAAA